AUGGAGUGUUGCACACUCUGUACCUUGCUCCUGUCAUUGCUAGUCAACGGCUAUCUGUCCGGAGCUCUGUGUCAGAUGGACGGUCAAGGUGCCGGUGACGUCACACGACCUGACACAUCUGGAACCGUGGCUUUAAACCGUGGUCAAACUGACCAGGGUCAAACACUGGCAGGAUAUUCACCUAUAACAAUGAAUUCUACCCCGGCUAAGUCCAAGAACACCGUCUAUCAAGGAAUCGAUGUAAAGAUACACAGGAAUCUUUUACUUGCUAUGCACAAGGGAUAUAACUCGAAACUUCGGAUCAAGCGCGAUAAUUCCCCCAGCAUCUUUGACAUGACGUCAACGGGUUCAGUUUUAUCACCACACACUACAAGCAAUUCCGGAAGUUCAACGUCGACUGUGACAUCACUUCCUGUGGAAACCCCAAACACCAAUCUCAAGUCUUCAUCAGAUAUGCAAACUUUGCAAUUUACAAAAAGUCCGGAAGAAGUCACGUUUUCCGCGGAUAAAGUCCCAAUUUCGGGUCCAAAUUCAUCAGGAUACGCAUCAGAAAAGUCACCAAAGUUACCGGAUAGUGCAUCUGUUGAGUCACCCAAAAUCUUGCACAUCGGCGGCCUGUUCGAACUUUCUGGGAAGGACGGACCCAGCGGGCGAUCGGAGCUUGACGCGGCGCUGCUGGCCAUUGAUCACGUGAACAAAAUGGAUAUCAUCCCUGGAUACCAGCUCACGUUGUUGUAUAACGACUCCAAGUGUGAUCCUGGCUUUGGUACCGAUGCAUUUUUCGACUUCGUGUACCGGAAGUCAAACGAAAGCAGCCUCGUUAUGGUGAUGGGCAGUGCCUGCACGGAAGUGACGAAGACACUGGCUGAGAUCGUGCCUUACUGGAACCUCGUUCUGAUAUCCUACGCUGCAACAUCUCCGGCGCUGAGCGAGAGAGAAAAAUACCGGACCUUCUUCCGGCUGGCUCUCGGCGACUCGGCCCUGAAUCCGGCACGCCGGAUGCUGGUACAGCACAAUAAAUGGGACAAGAUGGCCGCCCUCUACGAAGAGCAUGAGUCACUUUCAUUGGCCUUCAAUGAAAUGAACAAAGAUUUCUCAGCCCACGACAUAGUCAUCAAAUCCUCAACGUCGUUUAAAGACGCCAGGCUGGAAGUACCUGGGCAGCUGAAGGAGAUUAUGGACAUGGAUGUACGAAUCAUCAUCGGCGGAUUUACAGAAGCGGCUGCCAGACAGGUGUUCUGUCAGGCCUACAAGCUUGGCAUGUACCAGCCCAGGUACGUCUGGAUCAUGGUGGGCUGGCUGAAGGAGCUCUGGUGGCGAGACGUCCACGACACCAACUGCACCAAGGACGAGAUGGCCGUGGCCGUGGAGGGCGCCUUCACCAUCGUCAGCCUCAACGGUCUGAUGGCCGACGGCAAGUCUGUGGCCAAUCUGACCACAAGUGAGUUUGUCAGCGCCUACUACAAGGCCAACGGCAGCCUACCGAUGAGCAUCUUCGCGGCCUGCACCUAUGACACGGUUUGGACGAUGGCCUUGACCCUCAGACAGGCGACCGAAGAAUGGGCGAAAAACGGAACAGCCCCGCUGCUCCAUCAGCUGAGCUACGAUCGCAUGGCCGACGUCAAGGAAACUUUCAUCAGCACAAUGGAAAACCUGGAAUUCCCGGGAGUAUCGGGUCCAGUAUCAUUCAAGGGUUCAGACAGAGAGGGAAUUUCCGCUGUCUAUCAGGUGCAAGGUGGUAACCUCACACAGGUGGCCAUCCACCUGCCGUCCAGUACUCACCUGGACUUUGAUUGUGACUCCUGCCACAAGAUACUCUGGCAAGGCAAGUCAUAUGGUCGAACCCCGAAGGACGAACUGGUGAUCGUGGCCCGGCCAAAGACCAUCGAGGUGGCCGUGUUUUACACGUGCGCUGGGCUGUGCACCGUGGGGCUCAUCAUGGCCGUGAGCUUCCUGACCUACAACCUGCACCAUCGGAGACUCAAAUUUAUCAAGCUCUCCAGUCCAAAGUUAAACAACGUGGCGACUAUCGGUUGUAUCCUGGUCUACACGGCGGUCAUCAUGCUGGGGCUAGACGACCGCACUCUGACCGAUUCUGUUUUCCCAAUCAUCUGCUCCGUCCGAGCGUUUCUGCUGGCUGCCGGAUUUUCUCUGGCGUUUGGCGCCAUGUUUGCCAAGACCUUCAGGGUGCAUCAGAUCUUCACGCGGGCUCACCAUGGUCUGGUCAAGUCUAAGCUGAUCCAGGACACUCAUCUCCUGGUCAUCAUCGGCGUCCUGCUGGCCGUCGACUCGUCCGUCGUCCUGGUCUGGGUGGUGGUGGACCCCAUGAGCCGUCACGUGACCAACACAACCAAAGAGGUUUCCCCAGACGACGAAGAUCUGAUAUUCCAGGAGCAGCUGACCACGUGUCACUCCAACCACCUGCAGAAGUGGCUGGGCGCCUUCUACGCGUACAAAGGUCUGCUGCUCAUCUUCGGGGUCUACAUGGCCUGGGAGACCCGGCACGUGAAGAUUCCAGCGCUCAACGACUCACAGUACAUAGGUCUGAAUGUCUACAAUGUGGUCAUCAUGUCCGUGUGUGUUGUGGUCAUCUCAAACAUCCUGUCCAACCAACCAACGCUGGCCUAUGCCAUGGAGGCGUCCUUCAUGUUCCUCUCUACUACAGUCACCCUCUGUCUUCUAUUUGUACCUAAGAUUUAUGCCAUCGUCACCUCGGGGGGCAACCCGGUUAUUGCCUGCACGGGGAUCUUGGUCGACAAUACCAACACUCGGAGGUUCGUUUUCGACGACCGGAAGGAGAUUUAUUACAGAGCGGAAGUGCAGAACAGAGUUUACAAACGGGAGUUAGUCGAGCUUGAUCAGAACCUGGCCAGGCUGGAGAGGCUGCUGGAGAUGCCACUUGUGCCGUGUACGAAACUAACUGACCAGCUUCUCUAUCUGCUGCCAGAGUCCAAGAUCGACGGCACGCCCUGUGGUCAGCGGCGUUACAGGCGGGAAUUUGAUAGGUGCAGCUCUAUCUCCGAUGGCGGGGAGGGGGUGAUGUAUGAAGAAACGGAGGACGACGAUAUUCUAACGGACAUGGGCUUCGGUCCCCCGUUUGACUCCAGCAAACAACAACGGCCGACAAAUGCGGAAAAAUCUGGCUCAAAAACUUUGAACAAGCUGGGCCGUAGCUUGAGCAUAGGUAGUGGGAAUCGUCCACACAAGCGGAGAAAACCCAGAGAAAUUCGGAAAAUUUCCGGUUCUCUACGGAUAGAGGUAGUCGACGAGGACAGUAAUAGCACCAGCAACAACGAUGAUACCCAGAGCCAGUAUGGCUCUAGCCAUCUUGAAACCGGAAGUGCCACGCUGUGUUCUUCGCCAUCUCGGACCCCAGCAGAAGUUUGUUUAGAGCAAGCAAAAACAACGAAAGCAGAAUCACGUCCUAGUGUAUCGGAGCUACGAACUGUGCGAUGCGGUUCGGAUUUCGAUAUUUGGCUUGAGAAACACCAGCGCUUGUCUGACUUGCGCACGAACGGGAAUUCCCCGUCUAAAAUUAGGAAAACAUUACGCAACGAGUCUAGACAGCACGUAAUCGACAAGGUCGAGCCUGACCAAUCAUCUUCCUCGAAGCAUUUCGUCCCCAGCCAGCCGAAUCCAUCCUUACAGCAACCGCCCGCCGCCAACCCAACGUGCCUAGAACAUUACGUCACCCACACCCAAGCCACUGAUACCGCCAACCACCCAAGCGACGACAACUCUCGCAACGACAGUUAUCGUUCCUUCCUCACCCCAACGCAAGCCAACGAUCAUUCAAGGGGACACAACUCCGAAAAUCAUCAAAAUUUUCAAUUAUCCCCCGUGCCCAUCACUCACUCUACCGGUUCUCCCAUGCACAAACCGAAAGAUUAUUCAUCAACACAAACAUCCUUAAAUAGAAAUAUUAAUGAGAAAACGUCGGAUCUGAUUCAUUUUUCGGACUCCCGCCAAACCUCCAUUAAAAAAAACGUCAAGCGAACCUCACAUUUCCAAGAAAUCCCCUCGCAACCUGGCAACGAGCAUGUGACUACUGGAAAUUUGCCAGAUAAACUUACGCCUGCAACGCUGAAAAAACCAAACGCGCCCAAUAAGAAACAGCGGAUUAAAAAAUUGGAAGACGAUUUGUUAAAAAUUCAGCAGGAACUAGAUGAUCUCAAAGGACAGCCUUGUGGUACAUCCGAACUGUGA